GCCUGAAACCCCAACCGAUCCCGUCGGCCUCUGUCAGAAUUUUAAGUCGCAAUACACAUCACGAUCAAAGUCUUUCAUCACAUACGUCUGCAAUAUGGCCGCCUAUCUCACCCAGCGUAUCUCUCAUCCUCAUCACGGCAUCACCGUUUCUCGAGCCGUAACCCCUCUCCCGGAGAAGAGGGCCAAGUGCUCUGAGCCAAUCUACAAUGUCGCAGCCGAAAACGCGACGUUUUUCACUCCGGAGCAGAUCCCCAUUCCGGGCACCGCGACUGAGCCUCAGAGAUCCGGCAAGCCGGUCCCGAAGCUCUUCACUCCUUUGAAGAUCCGCGGCAUACAGAUGGCGAAUCGCAUCUGGGUGAGCCCAAUGUGCCAAUACAGCGCGCACGAAGGGUUUCACACGCCAUGGCACAUUACGCACUAUGGCGGCAUGGCCCAGAGAGGUCCCGGCCUUAUGAUGAUUGAAGCAACCGCCGUACAGGCCAAUGGCCGCAUCACCCCAGAGGACUCAGGCAUAUGGCUCGACGCCCACGUCGAGACUCUCAAGAAACACGUUGAUUUCGCCCACAGCCAGAACGGCCUCAUCGGCAUCCAACUCGGCCAUGCCGGCCGCAAAGCCUCCACCGUCGCCCCAUGGCUUAGUUCCGGCGCAACCGCAAUCGAAGAAGUCGGCGGAUGGCCAGACGAUGUCAUUGGACCCGGCAAUGAGCCUUUCAACGAGCACUAUCCAAAGCCGCGUGCCAUGACUAUUGUUGACAUUGAGCGGUUUAAGCACGAUUUCCACGCCGCUGUUCUUCGUGCUCUCCGUUGUGGAUUCGAUGUCAUUGAGCUGCACUUUGCGCACGGAUAUCUCGUUUCCAGCUUUUUGUCGCCGGCUGUGAACAAAAGAACGGACAAGUACGGCGGAAGCUUCGAAAACCGUGCUCGUCUGGCCCUUGAAUUGGUUGAUGAGACACGACGUAUCAUGCCCAAGCAGAUGCCCCUGUUUGUGCGUAUCAGUGCAACAGACUGGCUCGACACGAACCCGGACUGGAACGGAGGGCCAAGCUGGAAUGUAGACGAGAGCAUCAAGCUUGCCCAGCUUCUUGCUCAGCGCGGCGUUGACGUGCUGGAUGUAUCGAGCGGCGGAAACCACCCCCAGCAGAAAGUGGUUGGCGGGCCAGGAUACCAGGCGCCGUUUGCGAAGAAGAUCAAGGCCGCGGUGGGAGACUCGAUGCUAGUCAGCUCUGUCGGAAGCAUCAAGACCGGCCAGGUUGCGCAGAAGCUCAUAGAGGGCAGUGAUGAAGCUGAUGAUACGCCACUGGAUCUGAUCGCUGCAGGCCGCAUGUUCCAGAAGAAUCCGGGCUUAGUCUGGGCGUGGGCAGACGACUUGGACGUGUCUAUUAAUAUUGCGCAUCAAAUUGGAUGGGGGUUCGGAGGGAGAUCGAAGAAGGCGCCAGUCGAUCACACGAAAUUGAAUGUGCCAUAG